AUGCUGUUAGGAGCAUAUGGCGUCGUCUACAAAGCUUUUCACAAGCAAACUGAAAAGCCAGUCGCAAUAAAAAUGAUUCGUUUGGAUUGUCAGGAGGACGGUAUUCCGGCUACAACUGUACGUGAAUUAGCAUUACUCCGUGAAUUGCGUCAUCCGAACAUUGUUGUCCUCCAUGGAGUCGUAAUGGAGGAAUAUCGUGUUUACUUAGUUUUCGAAUUUCUUGAUAUGGAUUUGCGACGAUACAUUGAUUCAAUUCCUAAAGAUCAGCUAAUGAAUAAAAUUGAGCUCAAGACUCACUUAUACCAAAUAUUGCAAGGCAUUUGCUAUUGUCAUCAACGCCGUAUCAUGCAUCGCGAUUUGAAGCCACAUAAUUUAUUAAUUAAUGCCGAGGGCAUCAUAAAGCUCGCAGACUUCGGUCUCGCGAGAGAAAUUGGUAUUCCAAUUCGACCCUUUACUCACGAGGUGGUCACUUUAUGGUAUCGAGCACCAGAGAUACUGCUUGGUGCUAAACGUUAUUCGUAUGCAAUUGAUAUCUGGAGUAUUGGAUGCAUAUUUGCUGAGAUGGCUUCAAAAGAGGCACUUUUUGCGGGUGAAUCAGAAAUCGCUCAAUUGUAUUCUAUUUUCAGUAUAAUGUCAACUCCAACGGAAGAAAAUUGGCCUGGAGUAACGAAGUUACCUGAUUACCAGGAGUUAUUCCCUCAGUGGAAGAAUUGUAAUCUUGAAAAGUUCCUUGAUAAGUACAUGGACUCUGACGAUUUGGCGAUUUUGAAGGCAAUGAUUACGUACGAUCCCGCACAACGAGUCUCAGCGAAGCAACUUUUAAAGCAUCCUUAUUUCAACAAUAUCGACAAAACAAAAGUGGUAGUGUGCGAUUACGAUCGGGCUUUAAAACUCUAUUCUCUUUAUCGCCCUAUCUAA